CAAUUUCAGUCCAACUCGGGCAGCAGCGGCACACGGAAGCAGGCUCCGUGCCAAGUCACAAAAACAUCGCAACUCCAGUCCCGAAAAUAAACCGAUCCUAUAAAAACCCAUUGCAAUUGGAUUUCAGUGUGAAAACGGCUAUUGAUACCUUGUUGAUACAAUUCGACCAGGAUUCGACAAAAAGUGAAAUUUUUUUCACUUGGCACAAAAGUUUCGCAAUCGCUGUGAGAAAUAACGAGAAAAGAUAAAUAAAUAUUACAAAAUUCAAUUAAAGCAAUUGGCAGCUCGUAAAAGUUUACACCAAGGCUAAAUUGUGGUUUAAGCCAGGCCAAGAUAUCGAAAUCGAAAUUAACGUCGCCGCGUAGCUUAAAACUUUUUAACACUUUCAUUUUCGCUGAGCGUCGUCGUUUUCGUUGGGUUCGUCAUCGCUGCGGUCGCUUUAUCUUUCGUCGAGUGUGUUAAAUAAUAGUAAACAAAAAGUGAACGAAUCUACAACAAUUUUCGACAAAUGUUCAACAGCUUUGUAAACUAAAAACGGAAACUGCAUUUAAAGUUGAUGUUCGGCAAGAUGCAAACGAAGGAGUUUCUACUUUGCCUGGUACUUUCUUCGGGAGCUUUGCUCUCCGCCCAAGCUGAAUCCAAUGACUUUAACGAUGAGGAGCAACCAAAACACCUGACCAAUGACGCGUCUUUCUUUCAGCCGCAUCUGCACGACCGACGUCUGGGCCGCCAGUUGAGUGAGGAUCUUGGCCUGAGUCUCAGCCAGUCGACCAGCAGCGGAAGUGCCAGCAGCCAGUCCAGUUCCACCUACGAGGACGAGGAUGAUGUGGAGGGCUCCAGCGAGUAUUACGACAGCGAUGAGGAUCAGCCGGAAGGCAGCAAUGAGUCGCUGCCACGUUUGCUGUCCCAGUCAACUUUUAACCGCAUCUCGGAGACCCUGGGCGCCUUGAAUCAUGUGGGUCACAUGCUGGUGGACAUGACCCGUGGGGGUCAGGAGCAAGCCAAGACUGAGGGGUUGGAGAAAAGCGAGGACAAAAGCCAGAGCGACAGCUCCAGCACCACUUUGGGAGUAUCGACCACCACUGAAGCUACAAGCACUUCAUCCGCCUCAAAUCCUCUGGGAAAAUCAGAACCACUUCCAGGGGUAUCCGGCAAACUAAUGGAUACGCUGCCCAUAACACUCUCUGCCAAUAGUCUGCUGCCAGCAGGUAAGCCCGCCAAUCUGAGUGUCCUACAAGUGGCUACCAAGAGGAUUGGACUGGAUGAUCAGUCCCCAAUGUUUGUGGAGAAUAAGGAGCUCAAGCAGAAGAAAAAGAAAAAGAAGAACAAGAACAAGCAGAAGAUUAAGAAACCGAACGAGGAUGCUGUUCAAGUCAUUCCAGGACUUCAAGGAGUGCAGGGAUCUCAGCAAUCCCAGCAAAAGAUUAAAAUCCCCACCACACCACGAACCACCACAACAAGCACAACUACGACAGUAGCUUCCACUUCAUCGCGGCCAUUGGAUCAACUGGCGCUGGCUAGUGACGAGCCUGGAACUGGAAAGGAUGUGGAGAACUAUUGCAAGACGCCUAGUGGCAGACCAGGACGUUGCGAAGAUCUAAGCAGCUGUCCAGCUUUACUCUUGAAUCUCAGCAGCCUUCGGGAAUCCCUCUGUUUUAAGAGUCUCUUUGUUCCGGGAGUGUGUUGCCCCAUCUCUUCGAGCUCUACGUCAGGGGAGAGUUCCACCGUAUUGACCACUCAAAGGCCUCUCAAGUUAACCACAAGAGCAACACCUAGUCCGAGCACCACCAAAGCCACCCAAACGACUAAACGUACCACUGUACGACCCACACCGCGACCCACAUCCGGUCUGGUCCUGAUUCCCCAACAGAAACCAUCGACAACUACCACCACCACCACCACAGAAGUGCCGUUGGAACCAGAGGGAUUAGACGAAAUUGGCAACAAUAUCGUAGACCCGGAUGAGUGCGGUCAGCAGGAGUAUUCCACGGGUCGGAUAGUGGGAGGAGUAGAGGCUCCAAACGGCCAGUGGCCCUGGAUGGCAGCUAUUUUCCUACACGGUCCCAAGCGAACGGAAUUCUGGUGCGGAGGUUCCCUUAUUGGAUCGAAGUAUAUUCUAACGGCAGCGCAUUGUACCCGCGAUUCCAGACAGAAACCAUUUGCCGCCCGCCAGUUUACAGUGAGGUUGGGAGACAUUGAUUUGUCCACAGAUGCCGAGCCCUCCGACCCCGUAACCUUCGCCGUCAAGGAAGUACGCACUCACGAGAGAUUCUCUCGUAUUGGAUUUUACAACGAUAUUGCCAUCUUAGUUUUGGACAAGCCUGUGAGGAAGUCCAAGUACGUGAUUCCUGUAUGCCUGCCAAAGGGAAUCAGGAUGCCGCCCAAGGAGCGUCUUCCGGGUAGAAGGGCCACUGUGGUGGGCUGGGGCACCACCUACUAUGGUGGCAAGGAGUCCACUAGCCAACGGCAAGCGGAGCUACCAAUCUGGCGAAACGAGGACUGCGAUCGCAGCUAUUUCCAGCCCAUUAACGAGAACUUUAUAUGCGCUGGUUACUCUGACGGAGGUGUGGAUGCUUGUCAGGGCGAUUCUGGUGGUCCCUUGAUGAUGCGAUAUGACUCUCAUUGGGUUCAGUUGGGUGUAGUUUCCUUUGGCAACAAAUGCGGUGAGCCUGGCUAUCCUGGUGUCUAUACUCGUGUAACUCAGUAUCUGGACUGGAUUCGUGAUCACACGCGGGACUGAUCAGGGUUCACCCAUAUGAACCGCCCGCUCCACCGUAGCCCGUAACUGUAGUCUAGGUUUAGAUAUGCACUAGUCUAUGUACUAUUAAUGUCCCCUUCCCUUCUCUUCUAAAAUGCAGAGUCCUAUUUAUUAACCACAGCCCAUUGCUAUGACAUUAAGCAUUUGUUCACUAAAUUAUGACUUAUUAAAAAUCGAAUGACAAAUUGUGUAAACUAAAAUUUCAGAAGAUUUUUGUUUUCGAAUAUGAGUUUAAUAGCUAAAAUUUUGAUGAGUUUAGGUAUGAAUAAUACAUUUUAGUAUUUGUAUUUUGCUGAAACUGAUUACAAUUCUUUCAGGAGACACUUAAAUAAAAAACCAGGGAGACACAUUACUCUAGGGGAGCCCCAGCCUAGAUACAGCAAUCUCUGGGAUCCUUAUUUUCCUUCCAUGCAUGUUUCACUACCUUUGAAUUUUUAUGAAAAAUUUAAAAUAAUUUGAUUUACCGAUUUUUAUGCAGAUCGAUGGAGAAUCGAUACAAAUCGUUUAAUGUAUUCUUUAAAGGGGAAUAUCCAAAAAAUUUAAUGAAAAAUAUAAUAAAAAUUUGUUUCACAGAUUUUGAUGCAGAUUGAUGGAGAAUCGAUCUAUAAAUCGUUUAAUGUAUUCCGCUCAAGAAUCGGAUGGAAAUUGGCCAAGAUAUAGCAAUCGCUGGGGCCCAUAUUGGCUUAUCAUGCAUUCUCCCCAUUUUUGAAGGGGAUCGUCCAGAAAAUUUACUAAAAAAUCUAAAAAAAUGUUGUUCACAGAUUUUGAUGCAGAUUGAUGGAGAUUCAAUCUACAAAUCUAUUAAGGUAUUCCGAUUUAGAAUCCGACGGAAAUUGGCCAAUAUAUAGCAAUCGCUGGGAGCCAUAUUGGCUAUUCGUUCAGAAAAAAGGAUCGUCCAGAAAAUUUGAUGAAAGAUCUAAAAAAAAUUUGAUUCCUAUGUAUAUUUUGAUGCAGAAUGAUGAAGAAUCGAACUAAAAAUCGUUCCAGGUAUUUCGCUUAAGAAUCGGAUGGAAAUUGGCAAGACACAGACAUCGCUGG